UAAAAAAAUCACUUUAAAUUUUUCUGUAAAAAAAAAAAAUGCGGAUUAAUAUAUUUACCCAGUUCAUGUUAAAUAUUUCACCGUUGAUAUUUGUCAAUAGCCAAAAUUUGGACUUUAGAACACAGUGUAUGGAUGCUGACGAUAGGACCAUACAUGAUAUAAAUCCAACCGUGUCAUGGAGUCUGGAAGGUGCCUGUAAACGAAAAUAUUGCAAGGAAGUUCGUGACGAAAAUAAUUAUAAUGCCAAGUUUGCAAUAGUCGUAGAAAGUGGCUGUCAACCUAUCCCAUCCCCUCCAUAUGACCCUCCAUAUGAUAUUAAGAAUUGCAAAGAGUAUGAAAAAAUUUGUGAAGCAGCUCCAAUUGAAAAAGCUUCCAAAAAGGAAUUUCCUGAUUGUUGUCCAAGACACAUUUGUAUUUGUGGAAGCAAAAUAUGGCAAUGGACAACAAAUGAUAAGGGGCAACUAAGCAUAAAAAAGCAACAAUCAAUCACAAAAUUAAUUUCAACUGGUACUGAUCAAGGAAGUGCAUCAGAAAAUUUUACAUCAGGUAUUGGACCAAAUAAUAUUAAGUUAGUAGUUGCCACAGAAGGUUCUACUGCAGGAGAUGAACCAGAAAGUUCUACAUCAGAAGGUGCAUCAGAAAUAUCUUCAUCAGGAGAUGCAUCGGAAAGUCCUAUAUCAGAAGAUACACCAGAAAGUCCAAUAUCAGGAGAUACACCAGAAAGUCCUGCAUCAGGAUAUACACCAGAAAGUCCUACAUCAGGAGAUGCACCAGAAAGUCCUACAUCAGGAGAUACAGCAGAAAAUCCUACAUCAGGAGAUGCACCAGAAAGUCCUACAUCAGGAGAUGCACCAGAAAGCCCUACGUCAGGAGAUACAUCAGGAGAUACAUAACAAAGUUCUAGAUCAGAAAAAACUCCAGAAAGGGACUGUCAUUUUACAUUUGAUAUCUUUCGAUUGUACUCGUAACAAUAUUUAGGCAAGAAAAACACUAUUGGU